UUCAUACCUAAUUGCUCUGUACCGUCGGAAGGAGAAACGAGAGAGAUGAGUGAAAGAGAAGUGCCUCGGAGAGAGAGUCCGUGGGGAUUGCCCAACGGCGACACCCGUCAACCGAAAGCUCACAGAUGCAACGAUCGUGUUGAAGAUGUUGUUCAAGCAUGUUUUGAAGGUAACCCCUUUAAGACGGUUCCAGGCCCUUUCAAGCUUUUUUGGCAAUGCAUGCAGUCCAAACCCGGGGAAGAACCUACCGAACCAUUCUACUAUUUGCAAUUGGCACCGCCCACUAGAGAAGUGAAACUUGAGUAAGUGUCCUCUAAGAUUACCGUGAAGUCAGUUGUGAGGUUGGUUUGUUUAUUUCACUCGUCACUUGCUGUCUUUGACAAGUGUGGCGAAGGAGAGUAAAGUAUCUUAUUUUCCUUGAUGUGAACAAAUUAGGGUAAGUGCUGACCGGGAUAAGAUGUCAAAUAAGUGCCAAUAAUUUGUUGUUUACCAAGUUCUACAGUAAAUACUAUAUUUGAUUAUCAUAAGAAAGAUAAAUCUCUGUUUCUUUUCGAAUCGAAUYGUCAAUGAUUUAAAGAAAAUAAGCUAAAUAUAUGGCUAUGGUUGCCUUUUUCCUUGCCUAAAA